GGUCAUAGCAUCGUAUCAUGUUGUUUUGAACAAGUAUGCUUUAGUGGGGUCUCCUCAAAGUCGUCUCCCCUGCUCCCGACGAGUUCCUAAAAAAUAUCUCCCGUCCCAUGUUUUCAGCCCCACACGUCGCUUGUUUUGUCUUGGUUUUCGGUGGUCUUGUCAAGCUCCAUCCCCCAUUUCUCUCUGCAUCAGAAACAACUUCUCUCUGCAGCUUCUUGCUUAAUUUGCACUCCCAAGCCGUACGGCCAUGGCUUCCCAGGCGUCUCUGGACAAGAUGCAGCUCCGCCAGAACUACCGAAAUCUCUGGCACACCGAUCUCAUGCGGACCAUCCAGACCGACCCUCCUUAUUGUUGCUUUGCGCUUUGGUGUGCACCAUGUGCAUCAUAUCUACUCCGAAAACGAGCUCUUUAUAAUGACAUGUCAAGGUAUGUGUGUUGUGCUGGUUACAUGCCCUGUAGUGGUAGGUGUGGAGAAAGUCGAUGCCCCGAAUUUUGCCUUUGCACGGAGGUUUUCCUCUGCUUUGGAAAUUCAGUAGCCUCGACACGUUUUCUCUUGCAAGAUGAGUUUAACAUACAGACUACUCAAUGUGACAAUUGCAUUAUUGGUUUCAUGUUCUGUCUAUCACAAAUUGCAUGCAUAUUUUCCAUAGUUGCAAUGAUUGUUGGAAGUGAUGAAAUUCAACAAGCUUCUCAGUUAUUGAAUUGUUUGGCCGAUCUGGUGUACUGCACGGUUUGUGCGUGCAUGCAGACACAACACAAGAUUGAAAUGGAUAAACGAGAUGGAGUGUUUGGGCCGCAACCGGUGAUGGCAGUGCCCCCCGCUCAGCAGAUGUCGCGCAUUGAACAGCCAGUUCCUCCCUCCGUCGGAUAUCCACAACAACCAGCAGCAUAUGAUCAGCCCUAUGGCUACCCACCUCCUCAGCCUCAAGGCUACCCACCUCCUGGUUAUGCUCAGCCUGCUUAUCCCCCACCUGGUUACCCACCGUCUGGCUACCCUAAGUGAUGUUUUCACUGUGCCAGUAAAAUCCUUAUACAGGUCUCAACCCUACGCAUUGGUGAGUGCUCAAGUGAAGCAGGCAUUUGUUUCUUUUCGGAUUUUAUAUUGAGAUGGGCAGAUUUGUGUGCAAUAUUGUUCUUUGUCACUAAAAGAACUUCGUGAAUUCCAGUUUGUGUCUAUCCUUUCGUAUUAUUCUUAAAUUUUACCCUCAGCACCACCCAGGCUUCUCUCUUCAUGCUACAGUGCCCUUGUGUACAUUGAUUUGUAUUUUUUGAUCUUUAAAAAAUGUAUUUGCAAAUUUUAGUGUGACGUGCAGUAGAGGGUGUCCCCAUUUGUUUCCCGUGUUUCCCAAUGAGAACCCAUUUGUUCUCUCCACAUAAAUGAGACAUUUUUCUGCA